AUGACUGAUACCGAAUCUGGGAAACGAAAGGCCUCCACGGCCGGACUCUCCGGUCAUAACCGUCCCGUGAAGAGACGUGCCUCAAAAGCCUGCUGCUGCUGCCGUGCCCGUAAAGUGCGCUGUGAUGUGGUCGAGAAUGGCUCUCCAUGCACAAAUUGCCGUUUAGAUCAGGUUGAGUGCGUGGUUACGGAGAGUAAACGCAGAAAGAAAUCUCGCGUUGAGAUAGAGAACCACUCCGAAUCUCCGGAGGCUUCAGAGGAGACUCCUUUCCACCGACUCAGUGAUUUUUCAGGACUGGCCGAUUUCGCGCCGACGUCUCCCUCGCAGGCCUCGGUCGAUCUUGACCAGGGUCAACAUAUGCCUCACCUGCUAUAUCAAAAUCAAGCUCAACGCAUUGGCUCCGAUGGCCACUAUCGACGCCGCAUGGCCCCGAACCCAGCAGUUCCCGCCUCUAUGCCAUUAGCUAAUGUGACCUCGCAAAUCCAACAACUAUUAGACCCCAAUUUUGGCAACACGCGAUCCGCUAGUGGGUUCCUCCCGGAUUACAUCCGAGGACUCCCAGCACGACUCCAGAAAGAGGAUAUUGACUACUUGGCCGUCAAGGGUGCCUUGACCAUCCCGGACGUGACUCUCCGGAACGAACUAUUGAAGAGCUAUAUCCACUAUGUUCACACCUAUAUGCCCUUGCUCGACUUGGAGGAGUUCUUGCAGAAUAUCGUCCAGAACGAUGGAAUCCACCGCAUCAGUCUGCUGCUCUUCCAGGCUGUCAUGUUCGCCGGUGUGGCCUUCAUUGAUAUGAAGCACCUGCAGGCCGCCGGCUACCAGACCCGCAAGGUCGCCCGGAAGGUAUUUUUCCAGCGUGCCCGUCUCCUGUACGAUUUCGACUACGAGGUGGACCGCAUCUCGCUCGUGCAGUCGCUUCUGCUCAUGACAUACUGGUACGAGACUCCCGAUGACCAAAAAGACACCUGGCAUUGGAUGGGUGUCAGCCUAUCUUUGGCCCACACAAUUGGCCUACAUCGGGAUCCCGGAAACUCGCGGAUGGAUAUGCGUCGCCAACGCAUGUGGAAGCGGAUCUGGUGGAGCACCUACACCCGUGACCGACUGAUCGCCCUGGGCAUGCGACGGCCCAUGCGUGUCAAGGAUGACGAUUGUGAUGUGCCCAUGUUGAGUCUCGACGACUUCGAAUUCCACCCUUUCUCCCCCGAGAUCGUGGCUAUGGUUGGCAACUCGGAGAUUCUCCAGAAUGUCAGCCACCAGCGCGAGCUCGCGUUGAUGUUCAUCGAGAAGGCCAAGCUCUGUCUCUGCGUCAGCCAUGUAUUAUCUGCCCAGUACUCGGUCCUCAGCCAUAAGUUUGGUGGCACCAUGGAGACCACGAUGAUGCUCGUCCCGAAGAAAUCCACUGCGGAGACCUUUGAGGUACGAAGUUGUGACCAGGAAUUGGAGGACUGGCUGGCCAACCUCCCUGUCGAGACCCAAUAUACAGCCUCUAGUGGAUCGAAGCUAUCUGAAGCAGACGAAGUGCUUCACUCCCACCGUGCCUUGUUGAAAAUGGUCUAUCUCACCACAUCUAGCGCUCUGCACCGCCCACAAGUCCUCCCCGCCAUCCCCUACCCAUCCACAGACGCCGAACUCCAAGACAUGUCCCGAAACAAGGUGCGAUUCGCCGCAGUCGAGAUCACCGCCAUCGCUCAGGACCUGCAUUGCCUCGACCUGACCCGGUACUACCCCACCACCGGUGUCACAGUCCUCCUACCAGCAGUCAUCAUCCAUCUCCUCGACAUCAAGUCCACUGACCCAAGCAUCCGCAUGACAAGCCUGCAACGCUUCUAUCAAUGCAUGCGCAUCCUCCAGCGCCUGCGUGAGAUCUACGCCUCCGCGGACUUCGCCACCUCCUUCCUCGAAGCCGCAAUCCGCAAAGCAGGCAUCCAGCUCACCGUCUCCCCCCAAGACGUCCAGUCUUCUGCUCCAUCAAAUACGCGCGAUCAACCUACCUCAUCCUCAGACCCCUUGCAAUCCACCGCCACCAUCCCCUCCCGCCUACACACCCUGACGCCCCCGCCGGAUUCCCUCGCUCAGAAGAUCCCGGACCUUACAUACCCUAAACUCUCCGGUCCUUCCGCGGGCGGACAGUCUACCGGAGACCUUUUCGCUUCCACGCCGCCGCAUUCCGACGGAAGCGAGAACGGCAGCACCAAUAACCUCAAUCCGAAUGCCAACCACAACAAGGACCGUGACGCCUUUACUAUGCCCUCUGAAAUGAGUCUCACCGAACUCAUGGAUCUGGCGAAUGAUGCCGAGGUUACCCAGAAUGACUUCGAUGCCCUCAUUAACUUUGACGAUCCGGGCAAUACUGAUUUCUUUGCUGAUGACAAUGCCCAACAAAACGGUGGCCCGGCCCAGGAGAAGGGUUUUGACUUCGAGGUCGAUACCGUGAACAUGAUGGGCUUUGAUACUGGUACUAAGACCGUUGAUUUCGCCCACCUGGCGGACAACAACAGGUCCGAGCAUGAGCCUGUGAGUCUUUCAGACUGA